AUGGCUCCUCGCUGCCAGGUCGAUCGGAGCCGUCCCCGCCAGCAACGCAGCUGCCGUCAGUCCCCGCUAAUACUGCCUCAACUGUCCGUAUACAACGGCCCAGAGGGGACCGAGGGUAGGUCGUGGGCUCACGCUGCCGGACUCGAACUUGCGGACCCCGAUUUCACAGGCCAAGAUCCGGUGGAACUCCUGCUCGGAGCUGAGGCGUACGCCAGCAUAGUACUUCCGGAACUCCGCCGGGGAGGGCCCUCAGAGCCCGUCGCUCAGCGGACGCACCUCGGCUGGAUCUUGUUGGGAGCCGUGGGGCCCAAGCACGCCGCCUCCGUGGUCACCUCCCUGCAAUGCUCCGUGGCCGACGACCUGCCUAGUCUCGUCCGCCGCUUCUGGGAGUGGGAGGAAGCGCCGAGCGCUGACGUACCGCUAUCCACCGACGAGCAGGCGUGCGAGAACCACUUCAUACAGACGCAUCAACGCCUGGCAGACGGUCGCUUUCAGGUCCGGCUGCCUUUACGCCGGGAGCUACCGGAUCUUUCCACCACACGUCGGGCUGCGUCUCACAUGCUCGACGUUAUGCAGCGAAGGUUCGGACGCGAUCCCGCCUUCCGCGAUCGCUUUCGGAAUUUCAUGGCCGAGUACCUGAGCUUGGGCCACAUGUCACCGAGCGCGUCGCUGUCAGUGGCCUCUGACACCCGCUCGUGUUACCUGCCGCACCACGGUGUGAUGUAG